AUGGUGACAGCUGCACUUACAACACCCACCCUCCAUUCAAAGGCUCCCACCGCAGACAUGGCGACGUUGACAGUGGUCCAGCCGCUCACACUGGACAGAGAUGUUGCAAGAGCAAUCGAGUUAUUGGAGAAACUACAAGAAUCUGGAGAGGUACCUGUCCAAAAGCUACAGUCCCUCAAAAAAGUUCUGCAGAGUGAGUUUUGUACAGCUAUCCGUGAGGUGUAUCAAUACAUGCAUGAAACCAUAGCAGUGAAUGGCUGCCCGGAGUUCCGUGCCAGGGCCACUGCAAAGGCAACAGUCGCAGCUUUUGCAGCUAGUGAAGGUCAUUCCCAUCCUCGAGUAGUGGAACUACCCAAGACUGAUGAGGGCCUUGGCUUUAAUGUGAUGGGAGGAAAGGAACAAAACUCCCCCAUUUAUAUCUCUCGCAUCAUUCCCGGAGGGGUGGCCGAAAGACACGGAGGCCUCAAAAGGGGAGACCAGCUGCUGUCAGUGAAUGGAGUGAGUGUGGAAGGGGAACACCACGAAAAGGCGGUAGAGCUACUCAAGGCUGCUAAGGAAAGUGUCAAGCUGGUGGUCCGCUACACACCCAAAGUGCUGGAAGAGAUGGAGGCCCGAUUUGAGAAGCUCCGAACUGCCAGGCGCCGACAGCAACAGCAGCUGCUGAUUCAGCAGCAGCAGCAACAGCAGCAGCAGCAGCAGACACAGCAAAACCACAUGUCCUAGGUCAUUGAGAAGAAAAUACUUGGAUCCAGUGGUCUGGCCAUCAUGUAGAGUUGGAGCUGUGCUUCAGGGUUACAGCAUCUGAUGAAAGGCAAAGAGAGCACCGAUAAUCAUACCUGUCAAGAAAGAAGCUAUGAACAAGUUGUGUAAAUUCUUUACCAAGGCAACUCUAUACCUUCUUUCUCUGGGCCUGACCCCCUGCCAAUCAUGUGCACUUUACACGCACAGCCCUUCCAUUGAUAGCCCUGGGAGUUCUCAAUGUGUAAAAAUGAAGGCUUCUCCACAUGCUGCUGGCUCCAUCUGCAGACUUUAACAGUCUAAGGAGGAAAAAAAAAAGUCUGUGGCUUUUAAAUACUUUGCUAGGGCCAGGGAUGGAGUGAGUCUUUGGCUUCAAGCUUUUCCAGAGAUUAACACAACCCUUAUUAGUCUAUAGAUUAAACUGCAUCAGUUCAAGGAUUUUGCCACUUAAGACAGACCCUUCUCAUCAACAUUAACAUCCUCAUGCCCUAUACUACACACAUAUUGCAGAGUUGUUUGAAUUGGACUUCCAGUUUAUAACAAAUGCAAAACUUUUUUUCUGAAAAAAAAUAGCAAGUUAUUAUACUAUAUUUAUACUGUAUUCAGGUUGUAGAAGCAAUUGGCUUUUUACUCUUGGUGUUUCCAUGAAUUUUAUUAUGCAUUAAUUAAUAGAAUGGGGCAAUUUUAGGUCACCUUUUGCUUUCUUAGCAUUAAGGGUAGAGAACUCUAGUACUGUAUUUUUAAACUUAGGUAUUGCUUGUAACUACUAUUCUGAGAUCUAACUAAAUAUAAUGUAUAUUUAAUUCCACAAGAUAUAUAUUGUCAGAUUGUAUUUGUUACAGAUUUAUGGUCUUUUCUUACUAUAUAUAUAUUCAAAAUCUGGUAAGAGAACACUACCAAAAAAAGACCCAGCUUCAUUGAACAGUAAACACAUGAUAAAUAUAACCCAGCUUUCUGUAUUUUUAAGUUUUAUAUUUUAUGGUUAGCAAACUCUGGAGAAAUGUAAAGUCUUUCUAUCUACACUGUCAUCUUGUCUUAGAGGUCUAUAUGAUAUCGAAGCUUAGA